AAAAUUUAUUAAAAAAAAAAAAGAGGUGAAAAUCUUUGACUGCUACUGCCUCCCUCAUUUACUCCUCUUCGUCUAUACUGCUCUCUCUCUCUCUUUCUCUCUCAAAAACCAAAGGUUUCUUCUCAUGAACUCUUAAAUUUUCAAUCUUUCUGCUGCUAUUGCUCUCAAAUCACAGCUUUCCCUGAUCUGGGUUUUCUCUGAUUCUGAUUUAGAUAAUCGUUUCUGAUAACUUUCUCGGUCUUCUGCUAGUUUCACUAUUCAAAGCCUUAGAUAGAACCAAAAGUCUAUCUGGGUAUGGGAGGGUUUAAUAGUUGCCUUCUUGAUUGCUAUUAUCAGAUUCUGUGUAAUGGGGUUUUUUCAUGAAAGAUGCAGAAUAUGUAUGAAUAUCUAUUUUGAGUCAAUGUUGAUCUGGAACUUUGAACUCUGAAUCAAUCUACUAGAAUAUAUCUAGAUUGUUUGGUUGUUUGAAGUUUUCUUUCAAAGGGCUUUUAGACAAUGGGAAGAGGUAGAGGAAAAGGGAAGAAGCAAAAUGUAAUUGCUUUGCGCGAGGAUCCUGGAAGUGACGAGGAAGAAAAAGUUCCGGCAUCCAAGAGAAGAGGAAGGCCUCAAAAGCCACUGGAGGAUGGUAUUGAAGAACAAGAAGAAGAAGUUGAAAAAGUGGACAAAGACGAAGACGAUGUAAAAAUUCCCAUCUCUGGCAAAGAUAUGAAAUUUCCGGCUGCUAUAGAGAAGGGAAGAAAGAGGAAGAGGUCUAUGCCGAUAAAAAAGAAUGUUGCUAAAGAAGAGAAUGGAAUCGGAUCAAAAUCCAGUGCAAAUGAUUCUCCAAAAUCUCUUGGAUUUCGACAAAAUGGAAGCAGACGGAAAAACAAGCCUAGACGGGCAGCUGAAGCCGGAGUUAAGUGCAAAUGAGGUUCAGGAUACCUAUUGCGAUUUGCUUUUCAUCACCAGAUUAAUCAUGAAACUGACCAAUCUGGCUAUAUUUGUGAUCAAGUGUUUCUUUUCUUACUAUGCUUUUUUGCUUUCUCCAAUCUCUAAAUUCCAAUUUUCACAACUUGGGUGAAUUUUGUUCGGAAGGUCUUGGAUAUUACAUAUUAUAUCUAUGAUCUUUCAUAAAUUUGUCACCACUGAAGUUAUUUUGGAAUCAAUACUUAGAGAUUCUUUUUCACCUUAGUAAAACUUAUCUUACUACAUUAAUUCAGUUCGUAUUGUUUUACUGUUUUAUGCUCCCGG